GUCAGAGCUUCACGUGAAAAAACCAGCGACCAGAAAACGCGCAACACGUCUGCACCGGAGACACAAUCUGACAAGCGCUUUAAAACACGCAGGCGGGUUUUCCUCCCACAUGAGGGUGAAGGACGGAGCCUCGGAGGACAUCUGGACAUCUGGACAUCUUCCUCCUCACGAAGACACAGCGAGGGACAGAGUUUGAGCCCCAUUGUUUGAAGGAGGGGGGUGGAGCCACUAUUCACUGCGAGCACAUGUUAUGGAAGGAGGGGCCUUACACUGAAGCAGACCAAACCAGGCAACCCUAAAUAAACCCAAACCGGAUUUGUCUCUGGCACGAGUCUUCUUUCCCGACCUGGAUGAAAUGCCUUGACCUCACUUCUACCGCACCAUGGCGGGUUUAGUCUCCUCUGUGGGUUUGGUGCUGAUGCUCACGGCUCUCGUGCGAGGCCAUGGCCAGAGGGCUGUGUUCCUGGGGAUGACGGUGUUGGUAACACUGGUCGUGGCUGACUCACCUGUUGCAGAUGAGUCUCUGUUAGACUCACCACACCACGCCAUGGGACUUCUUGGAGAUGUUACAAGUUCAGGAUUACCACCAUCUCCUUCACCAACCUCAUAUCACACUGCCUUUGAGAGCCUAGACUCACCUGGUGAACCCACUCAUGAAGCUGGGGCUGCUGACAUUCUCUUUCCGUGGGGGCAUGUUCCUUCUGAAAACUCCAACUCCUUCACGCCAAGUGACUUCCCUGCAAAAGAACCACAUCCCCUUCCCACUCCAUCAUUAAGCCCCUCUGAACAUGCACUGGGGUCUAGUCCACAACUUGAGGCACCGGCUAAUCCCCCCCCAGACUGGUGGCUGGCCAGGAUAAAUUCUGCCAGGCAAUCUUCCUCUCUCCCUCCAACUCUUACAAUACCUCAACUACAGCCUCAGUCUAAUAUAUCCUUAACACCAUUAAACCCAACAACAUCUCAGCUCAGCCUUAAUUCUGAGCAGAAGGCUCUAGAUGCGACUCUCACGGCUCUCACCAAGGAGCAGGAUGGUGCUUCAGAGCAAACCCCGACAAUCAUGAGCUCACAGCCUGGUCAGCCUCUUGAGCCCCCUAAUCUGGCUUUCACUGACUUCCAGGCAGAUGAAUCUUACAGUAAAAUCUUUGAUGUGACCCCGCUGAGCCCCAGCCGUGACCCCUUGCAAGAGAACAAACCAGCUCAUGGCGUAAAUAUGCGACCCGACUCAAAUGAGUACCUGGCCCCUGGCUACAAUGUGCCUUUCAUCGCCCCCCACCUUACAUCACCUUUAUCUGAGCCCACUGAGGUCCCUCCAGAGGUGUUCUACCCCACCAAUACCAUGGACUUCGACUGGGGGUCCGGGGACUACUUGGAGACAAUGUCAUUCCUAAAUGCAGAUGGAGAUGACUACCCUAUGGUCACCAAGGUGCCCAUUGACUCGUAUGAUGCAGAGGACUAUACAGAAACGUACGACACCUCUUUCCCUUCCAGAGUGGGCAUAUCUCCUUCUUCCAUGAAUCACCUUCACAUCUCACCUUCUCCCAGCCUUGUGACAACAUAUAGUACCGCUGUUCCUCUGAAAUCCAUCCAUCCUUCCUCUUCUUCCUCCACAAUUCACUUAACGCUGGAACCUACACCCCCAGCUAACAGUGACAUACCUGAUGCCUCGGACAUAGAUUGGCCUGAUACUUACACAAUCCAACCAACAGAUGUCCUCUUACCUGACAUGAACAGCCUGGAGUAUUACACCAUUCAGUUGACUAAGGAGAACAGUGGUUCAGACCCUGGAGCUGAACACAGAGGGAAUGUUACGGUAGUGUCUAUUACUGCUACAGAAGUCCCACCCAGGAGCAACGCCACCAAUGAUACCAAACUGACUGAGGAAGAGUCGUCCAGUGAUAUGUCGGGGUUUGAGCCUCAUCCUGAAUCAACUGCAGAAGUAACCACAGAGCAGAGUCCUCAGCUGGUCAAUGCCUCUGAGCCUUUUCUGGAUCUGUCAGUAGCCCCAAGCCACUACUUAGAUCUCUCUCCUUCCCUCUGGGGUGGUAAGGUAUCCACCACUGACUGGUCUGCACCUACAGUUGGCCUGGACAGCACUGUACCAACAGAAGCUAUACUACCCAGUGCCACGUCCUUGCUGCCAGAUUAUGUAUUAUCUUCCUCCUCUAUGCAAGAUGUCCAUUGGUUUGCGACAGAGGAACUCGUACAAAGUACCAUACACACCACUCCUGUGUUUACGUCAACCAUAGCUUUCUCUCCUGGUUCAACUGAACCUGCUGCCAACACAACUGCUAUUGCAACCGGCUCUACUCCCCAAGUCUCGGCUUUCACAACUGAACCAACUCCUGAUAUCAGUGUUGUUUCAACCAAACCCACCACGAAUGUCACUAUCAGCACCCCCGUCAUCAUGGGUGAUCAGGGGGUGGAAGAUGAAACUGACAACCCAGCCACAAUGACCUUGAUCCCGACUAGCAGUGAAGCUACUACGGUGGCUGCUGUACCCACAACUACAACUGCCACUGUGGAUUCUCAUCAACCCACAACUAAAAUCACUGCCACCACUGAAGCCUCAACUAGCAUCAACGUCAUCUCUACGACAAGUGGAAAGACCACAUCUACAGCACCGACAUCAAGACAGUAUUUCUGCAAAGUUGACAAUCCUGCUUACUUAGUCAAAAUUGGUUUUCCCUCGGGGGCCACUGUUGGAUAUGCCAAAUCUCAAAUCAGAGACAUACUGAAAGUAGAAUUCAACAAGUCUGUGGAGCUGCAGGUUGUGGACCCGCCACCGAAGUUUAUGUUUCGGGUGGUGUCUGGCCCAGUUGUGUACACAGCCAUAUCUAUCAUCAACACUCUGCGAAGGUCUGGCCGCCGCUUCCUGUCUGUGUCUCCCAACUGGACAACACCAGAUAAUAAGUAUCAAGUCCACACAGUGCUGCAGUUUGUUCCCAGUCACAUUGAUGUGCGCUUCUGCAACUUCAGCGAGAGCAUUACGAAAGGUCUGACCAUGGCCUUUGCAGAAUUGCGUCGCCGCUCAAAGGAGUUGACAAACUUCACAGUGCACAUUGUAAACAUAACCAUGGAUGCUCCAAAAUACCGGGAGCAGCGGCUAGUGAGGCAGCCGGUGGACAUUACCUUCACCGUGCGUGGCUCCAGGGGUUAUCUGAUGGGGUCCGAGGUCAGCAACGCUCUGAUGAAGCUCACCAUGGUGGAAUUCAGCUAUUACAUGGGCUUUCCUGUGCUGCAGAUUGCUGAGCCUUUCCAUUAUCCAGAGCUGAACACCAGCCAAGUGCUGCGCUCCUCCUGGGUUAAAACAGUGCUCUUGGGUGUACUUGACCAGAAAGUGGAGGAAAGAACUUUCCAAGCCUCCAUGGAGCGUCGAGUGGCCAUGUUACUCGGGGAGGCGAUGGGACAAGCCAGACGUGUUAGGAGAGCCACCACCACAGGCAACAGCAGCGUGCAGGUUGUCAGUGCGAGCCGGCUACAGGGUGAGGACCACCCCUUGGAGAUAGUGUAUUUUGUGGAGGGUUCCAGUGGUCAGAGAGUUCCUGCAGUCCAAACAGCCGGCCUGCUCAACAACCUGGAUGUUCAAAGGGCGGCCAUCGUCUUGGGCUAUCGUGUCCAGGGUGUUUUGGCACAGCCUGUAGAGAAAGUGACGUCUUCCCCCUCCGACAAGGAGAACACCAACGUGUGGAUCAUCAUCGGGGUGGUGAUUCCCCUCCUCGUCGUCCUCGUCAUCAUUUCAAUCCUCUACUGGAAACUGUGUCGCACAGACAAGCUGGAAUUCCAGCCAGACGCCAUGACCUCCAUCCAGCAGCAGAGACAGAAGUCUACUGCGUCAUUCAGCGAGUCCAGGAGUCUUCAGCACUCCCUCCCUCCACUCGAACAGGAUGUAGAGUUUAGUGAGGAGGAGGAGGGGGAGUCUGAGGAGGAAGAGGAAGAAGAGGAGGAGGAGGAAGUGAAGGAGGUUAAAAGGGGGAAGAGUCCAGUAGCUCUUUCCAAGAGCAAAAACAAUAUGAGCAGUGAAGAGGGGGAGGAGGAGGAAGAAGAAGAGGAAGAGGAGGAGGAAGAAGAAGAAGAAGAAGAGGAGGAGGAGGAAGAAGAAGAGGAGGACCAAGAUGAGGAAAAGGAGAAAAUGAAAAAGAAAGGAAUUAAACCAGAGGAGCCAAAAAGACAAGAGAGCAGAGCAAUGCCGAAGAGAACAGGGGGGAUGAAGACAGAUGAGAAAAAGAAAGUGUUGUCUAAAGGACGGGGAGCCAAAGAGGAGCUGCAGGCCCCCAGUGUAAAAGGCUUCGACUUUGCCAAGCUGCACUUUGGCCAGCCGAGUAAGGAUGAUGUCAUGGUGAUCCAGGAGCCCAUGCCGUCAGGGCCCGGCCCCGGGUCCCUCCCCCUGUCCAUGAAAGAGGGCUUCAGUCCCUCCGAGAACGGAGAGAUCCCCACGCCCAAAUCUAAAAACUCAGCCUCCUCCACCAGGGCGUCCCGCAGCGGCCGAAGACGAGAAAGAAUCUCCCCGUCAGACGGUGACUCGGUGGUGAGUGACCAUUCCAGUGUGCAGGAAUCAGCUGAGGAGAACCUGAGAGGCCAGGCCACGCCCAGCGACGGCAAGCAGACCCGCAAGGUCCCCAUCAAUGUUUUAAACGGCAAGAAUAGAAUCGGUCCUCCACCCAUGAACGGUACGAGCGAGAAGCUGUCAUCGGCCGCCAUCUUCGAACACGUCGAUCGAAUGUCUCGUGCCACCGACUCGAGCAGAAGGCUUCCCAAUAAAGUGCAGCUCAUCGCCAUGCAGCCCAUCCCUGUCCCACCGCUGCACAGCCCACCGGUCAACGGCAAACUGUCAGACUCCAACCUCAUCGACAAAGAGAUCCAGGUAGCACUGAGGCACAAGUCAGAAAUCGAGCACCACCGCAACAAAAUCCGCCUGCGGGCCAAGAGGAAGGGCCACUACGACUUCCCCACCAUGGACGAGGUGAACGGGGGCCCCACAGACCAGGAUCACAUCUAUCACAAAGCUCAGAUGCAGAUUGAUAAGAUCCUGGACCCGGACACGCAGAUGCCCUCAAUCUUCAUGGAAUCCAAGAAAAGUGGUCGAGGGCGACGCUCUCCCAAACAGAGGAUGAAAGAGCAGCUGAACGGGAUGAUGGACGCAGACAAAGACCAGCUGAUCACUGAAGACAGUGAUGCUGCUUACAGGAAGUGUCCUGGGGUCAACAAUGUGGCUUACGUAUCGGACCCCGACCAAGGCCCGAUGUCCCCUUACGGGAGCCCCUCCCCCACCGACGAUGUCUUCAUGGGUCCCGGCUCCUCUCCUCCAGGUCACGCAGCCCCCCCGCCCCCCUACAUGCCCCCGCAGCCCUCCAUCGAGGAGGCGCGGCAGCAGAUGCACUCGCUGCUGGACGAUGCCUUUGCCCUCGUGUCGCCCACGUCUCAGGGCAGCACGGCGGGCAUCACCCUCCCAGGGGUCAACAGCAACCCCCCUAGCUCCAGCCCUCCAGCCCGGGGCCCCAGGCCUUGGGGGCCCUCUUAUCAACCUCUUAACCCCUUCCCUAGUAGGUUCACCGAGCUGGCUCUGUCCCCCCCUCCAGUCCAAGGCCUGACACCGAGGCAGGGCCUGGGCUCCAGCUUCCUGCCACCAGGAGAACCAGCAGGCCUCAGCGAGCAGUUCCAGUCAGACAGCCUGUACUCCAGCAGGGGGCUGUACGCUGAUGAGCUGCCCUCGUCUGCAAGACCCAGACCAGUGGGGGGAACUACUGGCGCCCAGCUCCAUCAUCUCACACAAGUGGGACUGUCCAGUCGGAUCAACGGUUACCCAGGAGGGGUGCGAGCUGCUCCGGGCCAGAAUAGAGGCAUCGGCUGGAACCACUACCACGACGACAACUUCUCCAGAGCGAAGGCUGAAAAAGAUGCAAUGCCUAGAGGUGGUAUGAGGGAGCCCUCGGCCCCCCCGGCCCACCUGGAUCCCCCUGUGAGCGGCUACAUGUCAGCCCCACCGCCCCUGGAUACAUCUCCUCCCUCCCACUCCUCCGCCUCCCUGAUCAAGGCCAUCAGGGAGGAGCUGAUGCGUCUCUCCCAGAAACAGGCAGCUAUGCCCGGCUACCACAGCUGAAGACCCGGCCUCCUGUCGCCGUAGCUCUAACCAGUCACGCCACUGACCCUGCCUGCCUGCUUCGCCUAAUCCGACAAUGCUUCCCAUGGAAGUCCCCGAGGGUGUACAGCAGAGAGAUCCAGUCCUGCUAACGUCGAGGGGGGGGGGGCUCGCUUCUGAGUGAAGAGGCCGCCCUCGUGAAAAAAAAACUGACUGACAGGAUGUUUGACACGGAAUCAGCUGCGGUGUCAAAUGAGAGACAGUGUUAUGAAGAACAAGUUGAACAGUAUUCUUUAGAGGUCGGGACGAGAGGACGUUUAUAUUUCUGUGGAUCGGGGGAAGGAUCCCCGCUGAGUUCACAUGAAGGACUUUAACUUUAACUUUCAGACUCAGUAUUUUCUGUGUCGUGGUUUCAUUCCCAUGCUGCCUUCACUUAACAGACAAACCCUAACAUGGAAAACAAGCUCAUUCCCUUUGCUCGUGUCACUUUACCUGCCCUACAGGUAUCUGCUGUUUUCCAUCACAGGCCCUUAACCUCCCUCUAACCAUCAGGUGCUACUUCAUGUUUUCUGCCAUGAUGAGCCAAUGCCUUGACAAUGUGACGUAGCUCCUCCCCCCCCCCCCGACCCAGCCGACUGUACGAGGCUACAGUAAAGGUCAAAGUUCACAGACAGUAGGCACAGAGAAGCAUCCGCAGAGACUAAUAACAUUAACACUACCUGCUCAUCCCUUACUUAACUGAAGUAGCACAGAUUUAUUCUGGGUUAGUAUUUUUUAGAUCAUUUUGACUAACACUAUGUAUUUUCUUUCAUGCUAAUGUCUCCUGUCUCUGGUUUGUGUUCAUGUUUCGUGGCUGACGGACAACCUUGACAACAUGGCCUUGGAACACAAAAAAUCUUCAAACACAAAAAUCUGUCAUGUUUGUGUGGACAUAGUUCUGCAGGGUUUCAGCUGGGUCUUGAAAAAGUCUCAAAUUGAAUCAGAUUUUAAGGCCUUUAGAAAAUUGAAUACAUUAAAAUAGAAUAACUUAGGCAGGUCUUGAUUAUGUUGACUUUCAUUUAACGCUAACGCCUCUGUGUGUUGCAGUUGUUUCUCAAUGAUAUAGAUAUUAGAUCGAUGUAAUAAAACUACAAGCAUAGAAGCGGUCAGGACUAUUCUCUGUGGGAAAGACCAUGGACACGUUCUGUUCCUGCCUGUAGUUCGAGAGAUAACAUGAUGUUUCCAGGGUUUUUCUUGACCAGGCUACUUCACCUUAUCUUCAAUCCUGGCUCAGAUAUUCCUUCUUAUCUGUUGUACUUGACAUAAAUCUCAAAUUGUAUUCAUUGCAGUCUUGAAUUUAACUUGUUCAAACCUGCAGAAACCCUGUUGAUCCAUAUAAACUGUAGAUUCCUGACUGAAUGCACAUUAUCUCAGCUGCACGUCGGUGAUAGUUAAAGGUUUUAGCCCUAUUUAAAUCCACUAAAUCUGGAUUUCUAUUUGGAUCCAAACCAAAUUGCACAUAGAUAUCAGUCCCCUACAUAGGCCUGAAUUAUUUUCACCAUCAAAAACCAUGAAAAUUCCUUGAAAGAAAAUUCCUGCAUCCACUCGUUUUGCAGAUACAUGCCAAAAAUCAUAUUUGGCCCAUUUCCCAUCUUGCCACCAAGUUCUGUUGAAAUCUGUUCCGUAGGUUUUUUGUGAUCCUUCUGACGAACAAACAAAUAAAUAAACGACUACAGUAUUUACUUGACAGUGAUGUACAGUUAGCGCUGUGUGUCCUCAGUAUUUGGCUGUAAUAGAUGCACUGUAUGCAGACUACUUGGUACAGCUCAGGUCUUUAGAGAAAAGAGGGAUUGCUAAUGGACAAAUCAGUAUAAAGACACUUUGAUGGGUCACCAGGGUGAAACGCUAACGAGGGGAAAGUCCUUUAGUUUGAACAUGAUCCUGAAUCAACCCUCUCUGUUUCAUGCAGUAUUUAAAUGUUGCUUUGCCUUGUUGACAGCACAGGAAGAAGAGAAACAUGUGUUUGUUGUCACUUAUGUUCGUGUUCAUGUGCUUUUUAUUUUACAUUCUCUUUGGAUUUAACUUGUUCACCUUCAACGUCUCAUAGUCAUCGUACUGGUUGGAAAUAAUUUUUUUUUUUUUUAUUGACAUGACAUUCCCCUGAUAUUUUGUUAUGUUCUGGGACCUGAAGUUAUAUUUUAUUUAAAACGAAAUAAAAAGAGAAAAUUAUUGAAUUUAAAAGGGGCAGGGCCUGGAAAUAUGUGUUUGGACUGAUUUACCUGUAUCACGCGGUGGAUACAAAUCCUCCCGACAUGAGACACCAACUGUUUGGAAGUGAGUUGAAACAUUUUUUUUUACAGACGUUACCAAAGCAUAGUUACAGGUUCUUUCAUUGUUUUCAAUCUGAUGUGCCUUUUAGACUCACCUGAACCGAUAGGGGGCGACAGACGUUCCCUGUUGGGGUUAUCAUAACAAAAUAACAACAACCGUUCACUACAGAGAAGUCGUUAAUGUCCCAUAACGGCUGUUGAUUUGUUUUGUGCUUUUGGAAAAACUGAAAUGAAGACGAUCAAACAUUGGAGUCAAGUUUUUCAUCCUUAUUGUUCAUUCCACUGUUCAUGUCAGCGACCUCACACUGUAAUGCCUCCCUCUGUUGGUUGGGUGCUGUAACAGCAGCCCGUCUGCUCGUGCUCAUCAUGUUGCUUUUCUUUUUUUAAUUUUUAAUUUUAUAGUUGUUGUUUUUCAUCUGUUUUUACUUCCUUGUACUUUGUGAAAUCUGAAUCUGUUGGCUGGUCCAGCGGUACAUGUUUUUUUGGACUGAUGCUGGCUGCAUGUUUCAUUAUUGUGUUUCUUUGUUGUUGUUGUUGUUGUUGUUGUUUUUUGUGCAUGCUGUUCUCAAUUUCAUGAAAUACAAAAAAUAAUC